UGUGCCGGCGGCAGCCUGGACCCUAGUGUAGCUGCACACAUGCACGCGACAGCAUCUAUUCACCACCGCUGCUGCCGCCUCCUGCAUCACCAUCCUCGAUUCUAGGCGCUUACUUACUUACUUCCGUUUCGUUAAUAACGGACCGCCUGCAAGUUUUUCUUGAGUAAGUGAUUAUUAUUACCUUCUACGUAUUUAACUUUAACUAGAUACUGCGUUGUCUUGCUAUCGUACCGGACGAUUAGUACCAAAUAUUAACUAUCAAUAUCAGUGAUUAAAUAUCAUCUUUAAAAACACCUGACACCAAAGGAUUUAAAAACGUUGAUACCGGUGAUAACUCACGGUGAGGAUAAAAUAGUGGUAGAAUAAAAGAAAGAGGGAGUUAAGUAUUGUCAUCAGCGCGCGUGCGAGCAACAUUUUAUUGGCUGGCAGCCAAAGCUUGGUCAGAUUGAUGGUAGCGGUGUGUCAUUUCGGUAGCAGUUCUCAAGCUAUAGCUGUGAAACCGAGUACCGCGUGGAUUGUGAUGGGACGUUGACAGAAAUGUGCUUUAAUGACAGGUGGUAGUAGUCACGUUGUGAAUGUCUUGUGUAGACAGUCGAUAAUACCUAUUUCUUAUUAUUAUAAUUAUUAUUUUGAACGUGAGGUUAUUUAUUUAGUGUGUUAGUAAAUAUAACUUUGAGAAGUUGUGAAUAUAUACAAAGGAAGUGAGGGCUAUUGAAUUACUUUGAUAAUUAAUAAGAUUAUAAUUAACUAGUUGACAUUAUUGUUCACGUGAUGUUGUGUACUUAUUUGCCAACGAAUAAGGAUGACAGUGCGUGGAAAAUCGUGCACGUUUUAAUUUAUCGUGAAACAUGAGUGACGUAAAAUUUUUAAUUCUAUUUUCAGUGUUAGGAUAUUGAAACUUAAAAAUCAUAGUGAUUAUUAUCAUUGUUUAUAAAGUGAAUAUUGAUUAAUUAAAGAGGAAACUUGAAUUAUAAAGUGAAUAAAUGAAAUGUACUUCGAAAAUUUUUUAUUGAGAGAGUAAUCAAAACACAUUGGAUUUUUUUAACCGUGUCUAUUUACGGCAACGUUUUGGACUCCAGGGUCGCGGUGGCGGGCACCGGGGUCCUUACUUUUUCCGGUCUGAUAACCGAGAAGGGUUUAUCACCAGGUGGACAGUCAAAGAAUAAGUCUGCAGGGCUGGCGGGACUCGACAGUGAAACGGUGCGCCGGUGGGUCGCAGAAGCUGCCCGAUCCGUCCGCCAAAUACCUCCGACUGUUCUUGUUCCUUCGAGUUCUCAGAAUCAGCUUUUUCAGCUUAAUCAGAACUCACAGCAACAGCAACAACAGCAACAACAACAACAGCAACAACAACAACAACAACAACAACAACAACAACAACAACAACAACAACAACAACAACAACAACAACAACAACAACAACAACAACAACAACAACAACAACAACAACAACAACAACCUCCAAGGCGUAAAUCUCACGACGCUAGUCCGUCGUCAGUAGUUCCAUCAUUUGUUUUGCACACGUCAAUGACACAAACACCCAGCAUGCACUUGUUGGAGAACAACAACCUGAUGGAAAUUGCAAUGGCUCAGCAGCAUCAGGCACAACAACAGGCAUCCCAACAAAAACAAAAGCAAACAAGUAGUCCAACAAAUAAUAAUACUAUUGAAGCUUGGAGAUUGAUACAAGGUGGUCAUCAGUGGUGGAGUCCCCCAAACAGCGUUCAUCAAGAUCAAGAAAUGUCUCCUAUACCCCAAGUUAGUCAGGUUCAAAGCAUUAUUUCUGGGUCACUCAACCAAGUGCAAAGGCUUCAAACCCAACAACAACAGCAACAAUCCCAAACGUCACAACAACAAUCACAACAGCAACAACCUGUUCAAUCUGAUGUCGAUCAGCCCCUUGACUUUUCUGUUGGUUCUCUUCAACAACAGAGGCUACAUUCUCGUGCUAAAACUAUUCACGAGAAACUUCAAAGCAGAAUAAACGAUAAUAACAAUAGCAUGGAAAGUACACAGAAGAUUGUGGAUAAGGGCAACAGUGGACGAAGUAACAGCCCCAGUGAGGCUAGCACCAGCGCCAGUGAAGAUGAGGGAGUGUCUACGGGUGGUAGCCCUUCUGGUCCUUUACGGGGUGCUGAAAAUGACUCUUGUGAUGCUGUCGUAGAAAGAUCUUACGGAAAACUAUGGAGAGGGGAUAAUGAAGUGACGUGGAGAAGUGAUCAACAAAGCUAUAAAAGAACAUCACCCUUAAAUAUUUGUGCAAUUACAACGGCGGCUGCUAUGACCACUACAUCUAGUAGUAUCACAUCACAACCUCACUUGUCACCUUCUAUAGCAGCUCCUAUUACUGCACCAGAUCAUAGGACUGCUAUUUCAUUACAAGCUAAACAGGGUAUAUUUCCAGCGAGUGAUGCACUUGGACGGAUUGACAAAGAUGUGGAAUCUCCGGAGUCGAUUAAUGAUGCCGAUUUACAUGACGAUGUUGACGCCCCUGAUCUCAGUGGUGAUGACAGAAGUAUAGCAAGUGAUGUCCGUGAUGGACAUGAAGCUAUUUUGGACCAUGAUUCAAUGGAUUCUGAUCGUGGUGCACUUAAUCUGGUUACAGAUGUUUCACAACGGAAUAGUAGCGGUGGUACAAGUGGUAGUGCAUCAUCACCAAGUUCCGGGGUGAGUAGUCAAUUAACCGGAAGCCAUGCUGGUGCAGGUAAUUCACCAGCAACAUUGGCAGCUCAGUUAGUUAGCCAACAAUUGUUGAUGCAUGGUUCUUUGGGUACAUUAAGUUCACAAGAAAUUCAAACAUUAGCAUCGACUCUGCAACAACAGCAACAAUCACUACAACAGCAUCUACAACAAAUUGCCAUGUUUCAUCAAGCUAAUCCAGCGACGGGUCAACUUCCUGCACAAGCCCAGUUUUUCUUACAAAAUCAGGUACAGCAGGCAGUGGCACAAGCAGCACAACAACUUCAAGCUUUACAAAAACAACAAGCAUUACAAGGUGGUGGUGGUCUUAUAGGACGUAAUGUUAGUCAACAAAGAUCUCCACCACCACCUGGUACUCCACCGGCAGUUAAACCACCGACAACAAGACUAGAACCAUCACCUGAAGAAACAACAGAUCUUGAAGAACUAGAGCAAUUUGCUAAGACGUUUAAACAAAGACGUAUAAAACUUGGUUUUACCCAAGGCGAUGUGGGUCUUGCCAUGGGAAAACUUUACGGCAAUGAUUUUUCUCAAACAACAAUUUCAAGGUUUGAAGCACUGAAUCUCUCAUUUAAAAAUAUGUGUAAAUUAAAACCAUUAUUACAAAAAUGGCUUGAGGAUGCUGAUAACUCAUUAAACAAUCCAAACUCACUAUCUAAUCCAAUGACCACACCCGAAGCCAUUGGUAGACGGCGAAAAAAGCGGACAUCUAUUGAAACAAGCGUUCGAGUUGCUUUAGAGAAAGCGUUUUUACAAAAUCCUAAACCAACGUCUGAAGAAAUAACAAUUCUUGCCGAUAAUUUAGCGAUGGAAAAAGAAGUUGUUAGAGUGUGGUUUUGCAACAGGCGACAGAAAGAAAAACGAAUAAAUCCACCAGCAGCAGCAAUAGGGAGUCCAACAAUGACAUCCUCAGCACCAUCAGUGUUUGCUUCAUUGGCUAGUUCGAUGUCAGCAAGUCCUUUAGCACUUACAACACAUUCAUCAGGAAUGUCUGGACAUCAACAUUCAACACCACUUAGUUCACCUUUGCCAUUGGCGCUAGUCUCUUCUGCGGGAGGGAACUAUCAUAGUCUAAAUAGUAAAUCUCAUGAGUGACAGCAACCUGCGACCCAUCAGAGGGACGCUAUAUAUUAUCAUCAUCAUCAACAACAACAAUCACAAACGCAACCACAACCACAAUCACCACUGCAACAACAACAACAACAGCAACAUCAUUAUCAUUAUCAUCAUAAUCAUGAUCAUCGUCAAACGGCACAGUCUAAUCAUCAAUAUCAUGAUCACAGUCAUCAACAGAAUCAACGACGUUUGUGCAAUCUCCCUGAAUUUUAUCAUUAAUCAAAAACUAUAAAUAUGGACAAUCGACAGCCCAAUCGAUAACUAUUAAGUUAUGUUUUAUUUAUUUCCUUAACAAUUACACUGUCUCAAGUUAUUUAUUUUUUUAAAUAAUUAUAUUUUAUUAAAAUGUGGAUUAUAUACUGUGAAUUAAUAAUAAUGUAGACAAUCCACUUAACUGAGAAAAAAAAAAUUUCAAAGUGAAUUAAUUUUACGAAAUUUAUUAUUAUUAUUAUUAUUAUUAUUAUUAUUAUUAUUAUUAAUAUUAUUAUUAAAUAAUCCUUUAUUAAAUUAAAAGGCUGUUUUGUUAUCGUUGAUAUACUUUUUGAAAGUAUGAUAAAAAAAAGACAGCAAAAAUUAAAAUGAUUAUUCGUGCUAACGUUAGUCUUUUUCUUCACUGAUUAGUGGUCAAUGUAUAUACGUAGUAAAAUAUGAUAUAAUAAUUAAAUAAAAAUAAGAAAAAAAAAAAUGUUAAUUAGAUUUAAUUAUGACUGUUGUUUACAUGAAUUAAGGGCGACAAUUUCCAAAAAUUUUUGUAAUUAAAAAAUCCUCGGAUUACAUCUAAAUAUUUAAAAUUUUAAAACAUUUAGGUACUCUGUCGAUAUCAAUUAAUUAUUUACUUUUUAUCUUAUCAA